AUGAACCCUUAUUUUCUUGAUUAUUUGUCUCAUUCUUUCUGGAUUCUGGUUGUUUUUGAGGGGUACAUCGGGCUAUGUCUGCUGAGGCAGCGACGACUAGAGAAAGCUCUUCGCGGCGGGGAGCGAGCAGGACUUUAUUUUUUCCCCGUCAGAGGUGGAUGGCUCCUGUAUUGUAAAGCCUCCGAAAAUUAUGUUGAGGAAGGGAUCCUGGAGUGGCGAUUUGCGUUAGUGGGCAGUUUAUUGGUUCAACUCCGACUAUUGGUGCAUUGCAAAAGCAGUCGAGUUGAUGUGGUGAAGAGCUGCUCCGACGAAGGUCAGUUUGGCAGGUUCGAAUUUAUUUGUGUUUUCUUUGCCAAUUCUUCUGCCAGGGACUGGGUUUUAGAGAAUGGUCCCUGGCAUGUUCAACACAAGCCUUUAUUUCUUAGAAAAUGGGAACCGAAUUUGAAGGAGUUGUGCUUUGAUCUGAUUUGUAUGCCGAUUUGGGUUCAAUUGUACAACGUUCCCUUAGAAUUAUUCUCGCAAAAAGGACUUAGCUAUAUUGCAAGUACAAUUGUCAAGCCUUUACACAUGGAUUCAAUAACGACAUCUAGGGAAAAGCUUGAGUAUGCUCGAGUCUGUGUAGAAAUUUCUGUGGACUCUAGGAUUCCAGAAUAUGUUGAUGUUUUGUUGUGUGACGGAUCGACUAUCAGGAUCAGGGUCUUUGUGCCUUGGAAACCGAUCUCUUGUGACCAGUGUAGUAGGUUUGGCCAUUCUAUAAAGUAUUGCCCACAGGGUAAGAAAGUGGAGCAAGUUUGGAGGUCAAGGGGUCUACAGGAUUUUGGGUGCAGACUAUUACUGAAAGGACUAAGUAAUAUGGAAGUAUCCAGUGCUGUUAAAAAUACUGAGAGCUCUGUUGAUGUUCAGUCUGAACAGGAUAUUCUAAAUAUGGAAGUGGUUGUUCAGGGUUGUGAGGAAGAGGAUAAAGUUCUGCCUAACAAGGAAGUUGUAAAUAAGAGUGGUAGCAACCCUCCCAUAAAAAGAGGGAAAGGAAAGCCAAUAAAAGUUGGUGGUAAAAAUGCUAUGGGAGGUUCCAAAAACAAAUUUGAAAUCUUAAGCUCUAUUGAUCCUGAAAGCUUAUUACCUGCUGAGGAUUCAGGCAGAAGAGCUGCUUCCCUUGGUGUGGCUAAGAUAGUUCAAGAUUUAAAGUUAAAAAAGAAGGAGCAUAUCGAAAAGGAUUUCAUAAUUUCUGCAGUCUAUGGUUCUAAUGAUAGCUGCACACGGAGGAAGCUGUGGAAUCAACUGAAUUAUGUGGGAUGUGCAAUAGGGAAUCUAUCUUGGCUAAUUGGAGGAGAUUUUAACGUUAUUUUGAAGGCUGAGGAAAGCUCAGCUACUGUUAGCGUGGUUGGUACUUACCUUGCACGCAAGUUGGAUCGUGUACUAAUGAACUCAAACUGGCUUGAUACUUUAUUGAAUCAGAGCUCUGACCAUUUUUGGGCGAAGCAUGCUGAGUUUCUGUCCAUUGUUGAGAAAUCAUGGCAGUCUGCAGUUGUUGGCAAUCCUGCACAAGCUCUCUUCAAUAAGCUUAAGAGAUUGAAGGGUUACCUCAGAGAUCUUAAUAGAACUUGUUUUAAUGAUAUUUCUAAUCGCGAGCUGCAAGCUCUUGAAGAAGCUGAGCUAUUUUUCUACAAGCUAAAAGACAAAGUAAGCUGGAUUACUGAGGGAGACCAAGGGACCAGAUUCUUUCACUCUAUGGUGACAAGGAAUAGGAAAAAUAACACUAUUAGGGUACUUUACAAUCAGGCUGGAGCUAGACUUGACUCAUUUAAAGAUAUGUCUAAUGAGUAUACUCUUCCCACUGGGGCUGCUGAAGAUUUAUGUAGGGGAGUGUCUGAUAUGGAGAUAAGGGAGACCAUUUGGGGACAAGAGAAUGAAAAGGCUCCUGGUCCUGAUGGUUAUAACCCAUUCUUUUUCAAAGCAGCUUGGCCUAUUAUUGCUGAAGAUUUCAAAGCUGGUAUUAGGUACUGUUUUGAAAACUCAUUUAUCCUCUCUGCUUUCAAUACUACUGCUAUUGUUCUUGUGCCUAAGAUUCCUAAUCCUAACAUGGUAAAGGACUACAGGCCUAUUUCUUGCUGCACUGUGAUUUACAAGACAGUUACUCGGAUUUUAGUUAAGCGUCUCUAUGAUGUUUUCCCCAGUAUGAUUUUAAAAAACCAAACUGCUUUUGUUAAAGGAAGAAGCAUUGUUGAUAACACUUUGCUUGCCCAAGAGCUUGUCAGGGGUUAUAAUAGAAAGAACAUCUCCCAUAGGUGUGCCAUGAAAAUAGAUUUCCAAAAGGCAUUUGACUCCUUGAAUUGGGAUUUUAUUGAUAUUGUAUUGUAUGCUUUAGGCUUGCCUGAGAAAUUCGUUGGUUGGACCUGGGCUUGCUUCACUAAACCUAGCUACUCUAUUGUACUUAAUGACAGCUUAGUGGGGUACUAUAGAGGUUCCAGAGGGGUAAGGCAAGGAGACCCCCUAUCUCCCUACCUUUUUAUCCUUGUCAUGAAUGUUCUGUCUAGCUUAUUAAAUAUAGCUGCUCAGCAAGGGAUUUUCAGAUUUCAUCCCAAGUAUAGGAAAAUUGGCUUCACCCACCUUUGUUUUGCUGAUGACUUGCUCAUCUUUUGCAAAGGAUAUCUUGAUUCCAUCAUGUGUGUCCAAUCUGUUUUAGACAUGUUUUACUCUCUCUCGGGUUUGAGGCUUAAUGCUAGUAAAUGCGAGCUAUAUAUUGAUGGAAUUUCGAGUGCAUUGUGUGAUGAUAUAAGAGAGACCACUGGAUUCAAGAUUGAGAAACUGCCUGUGAGAUAUUUGGGUAUUCCCUUGGUGACUAAGAAGCUGACAGAAAAGGACUGUCGCUCUCUCAUUGAGAAGAUAAGGGACAAACUGAAUUUGUGGGUUAACAGACACCUAAGCUUUGCUGGCAGGUUGCAGUUGAUUCGCGCUAUUUUAUUCAGCAUUGCAAAUUAUUGGUGUAGGCAGGUUAUGCUUCCUCGAGUGGUGAUAAAGAAAAUCAAGCAACUUUGUUCUCGAUUCUUCUGGAAAGGAGCUGAUGUGUCUGCAAAGGGAGCCCGAGUCAGUUAG